UCUCUCUCUCUCUCUCUCUCUCUCUCUCUCUCUCUCUCUCUCUCUCUCUCUUUGAGCUUUUCUCUCUCUAGCUGCUAUGGCUUCUGGGAGUACUGGUAGCAGUGGCACUACUACUGGAACUGGCUCUCCUUGUGGAGCAUGCAAGUUUCUGAGGAGGAAGUGCGCAUCUGAUUGCAUAUUUGCUCCUUACUUUUGCUCCGAACAAGGGCCGGCUCGAUUUGCUGCCAUUCACAAAGUGUUUGGGGCUAGCAAUGUUUCCAAGUUGUUGCUUCAUGUCCCUGUCCAUGAUCGAUGUGAAGCUGUUGUCACUAUUGCCUAUGAAGCUCAGGCAAGGAUUCGAGACCCCGUAUAUGGAUGUGUUGCUCACAUUUUUGCCUUGCAGCAACAGGUGGCAUGCUUACAAGCACAAUUGAUGCAAGUGAAGGCACAAGUGGCUCAUCAAAACCUUAUGGAUUCAAGGACCAUGGAGAGCCAAUGGCAGGGGAACGUGAAUGGAGUCACAAACUUCCCGAGUUAUCCAAGUUACAUGAACCCUAUUUCUCCUCAGAGCUCGCUGGAUUCCAUUGACCACAGCAGCAAUGAUACUAUCAACUAUAUGCAGGAGACACAAAGCAGCAGCAGAUCGGAGGAGUUUCCACUCCAAGCUUGUUCUAAGAAGAGAGCAUAUAACAGUACUGAGUUGGGUGAGCUUCAAGAACUGGCCCUCAGAAUGAUGAGGAACUGA